AUGGAUGGCCAUCUACGGAGCAGAUUGACCAAGUGCGCGCGCAAAGACGAAGUUUGCUUCCCAGCAGCCUGGAAGGCAAGGCAAGGCAUUCAGCUCCCACUCCACCUGGAUCACGAAGCGCUACAGCUCCAGGUUAAGGUGGCCAUGAUCGUUAUGGUCGUCAACGAUUUUGUGACCCGAAUCAAUCGUCAGCGCGCAUACGCCGCCGAGUCUUCAUAUGGGCGUGCCGUCCCUGAGCCUCUCAGCGCCCACGAAACGAUCGGAAAGAUACGUACGUCUUUCGCAGCGUCUUUCGCAGCGCGGAAUGAUGUGCCUGACAUAGGGGUGCAGCCGACACUGCGCAGCGCGGUAGGAGAGACUUCCCGCAGCUCCGCGACCCUUGAUGCCACCCCCUCGAGUUGGUGGUCCCCUGUUCUUGCACAGACAUGUCCAUUUCGGUCAGCCAAAGACGACCACCCAGCAGCAGUCCCACCCACACCUUUUACCCCUGGCACACCACCCCGCAACACGCCUCCACCACCACAAAUCACAAUCACCACCACCACCAUCGCAGACUCCUGCUCAGCUAGCCUGGCGUGUCUGGGCGUCACAAAGGUGUCUUCAUCUACGGAUAUUAGUCUCUACCAGACGGCGCACUAG